AUGAACUCCAACCCAACAACAACACCGACACCAGCUACUCCUUCACAGAGGCCGGAUAUGAAGGGUCGAAGCUCAAGCGACGGAUCAAAUUAUGCAAUCACAGCUUCAAAGACCUUGUCCCCAACAAACACACUCUCUCCAUUGUCAACUCAGUCCUCGUCACCCUCGACGAAAGGUCAUCUCAGCUUCCCCUUCCCCUUUCCCAGGUCACGAUCCAAGUCCCCGAGGCCACCACCAAUAGACCUUUCCAUUCCCACGUCCACGACCAUCAAGCACGCCCAGACUUCUCCACUGCCGGUUCAAAGCCCUUCCGGUGACCAUCCAAGGACACAGAGACAAGCCUCCGACAGCGCCAUCUCCCCUUCAGCCAUGAGCCCAUCGUCUCCAGACCUUCAGAAACGAGACAGCUGGGUCCAAAAGAAACCGCGCCACAGCGGGAGCUCGCCCGGCGGGUAUGGGCGCCACAGCGACGACUGGCUUUUUGGCAGUAUCAGCAUCACGCAGACGGCGAAGGAGAUCGUCCAUCGAGGCAGGAGGAAGAAGGAGGACAGCGACGCCACCGGAUCUCGUUGA